AUGAUACAAGAGAAGGAAAACUUUCCGCCCGAUCAACAGCGUUUGAUGUUCGCUGGAAAACAGUUAGAAGAUGGAAGACAACUCUCUGAUUGUAGAAUGUACGAGAAAUGCGUCGUACAUUUAAUAUUACGUUUACGAGGUGGAAGUGAAAGUUUGGCUAUUCUAGACCCGUCAAGUGUAGAUCCACAUUUUGAUUAUGAUUUCACAAAUAUAAAUGAUGAAAAUAAGAAAUUUACUCGAGGUGGUAGGAAUUAUACUCGUCCUUGUGGAUGGAAGCGCUUUGCAAUUAAAGUAUCCGAAAAGUUUGAUGAUAUGGUAUGGCUAGGACAGACAAAUGCUCCUGGAGAAUGGCCUGUGUCGUACCAUGGGACUGGUUCGAAUCAAGCUAAAACAAUAGCAAUGGAUGGUUAUGAUUUAACGAAAGGUAAAAGAUUUCGAUUUGGACAUGGAGUAUAUUCAACACCAGAUAUAAAAGUCGCUGAAAAAUAUGCUGUUGAAUUUUCGUAUAAUAAUGACCAAUAUUUAGCUGUAUUACAAAAUCGUGUCAAUCCUACAACAGUGAUAAACAUACCAGCUGAUAAAGCUGACAUAGGUGAAUAUUGGAUUAGCCCAAGUGACAAAGAUAUUCGACCUUAUGGUAUUUGUAUCCGAAAGAUAUGAAUACCGUAUUAAUAAUAGAGAAUAAACAGAAUAUAACUCCUACAAUUCGCAACUCCACGGACUGUAUGCUUUUGAAAAAAUAAACAAGAAAACCUGUUCUUUCAUAAUAAUAAUAAAUGCUUAUCAUGCUUUUUUAAUUGUUGACGAAUGUAAAUUUGGAUCAUCAUUUUGGAAAUCAUAAUUAUAUAAAAUCCUCUUCAGAAUAAAAUCCACUGAACCUAUAUUAAGUUUUUGAAAAUUAUACGUCUAAAGAUGUGUUUGCAUUUCUACUGACUUUUUUUCACUUUCCACACCAAAAUUUAGAAAGUGUUCUCGAGAAAAAAUGCAUUCGAAUGGCUAGACAAUUGCAAUUGAGAAUCUACAGUAAAAUUUUUAGCUCAAUAUCAUAACGUUUCGGGAUGAUAUGAGACAAAUAAUGGUAAAAAAUAGCUCAUUUGACACAACUAAUUCUUCGUUUCAGUUUCAUUUCAUACAUUUAUUUUCUUUUUGCUUGAAAGAGUAUAUCAGCAUGUAACGGAGUCAAGCGGAAAAUAGAAAAAUUUCAUUUGCUUUUGAAGUAUUUUGAAGUACGAGAGAAGUACCAAAAAAGUAUCAUGGAAUUAAGACGAAGUACAAUAAAAGCCUAAGAGCAAUACAAAUGAAGAACAAGACAAUAUAAGAAGAGUGUGAGUGUAGAUAAAAAAAGACAUACGGCCACACCGACACCAAGAUUAUAUUCUCAAAAAAAGCAUAAUUUUAUCAAAAUAGGAUGGAAAAAAUUUUUAUUCAUUUUUAAAAUGCGGAAAAUACUGAAGACUUGCAUUAGCUUUUGAAAAUGAUUUUUUUUUAUGAAUCUGCUUUUUUGGAUAUCGAUACAAAGAUUCUAUAACUAUGCGUGGAGUAACUUCUGCUUUAUAUCUCUGGCAUUCAUCUUCUAUUAAUAUUAGUUCAGAUGUGAGCAUUUUAAUACAUGAGCAGAUAUCUUUGCAUUUUUAUAUUGAUAGGAUGUGAGUAUGUUGGAAAAUACAAGUCGCACUCAUCCGUACUCACAAUAAUCGGCGCACAAAACUGUUAUUAACAAAUAAAUAUGUUUUACUUGUUGGUAGAGAGUACAAUAAUAAUGCUAAGACAAUAACGACUCAUACCAAUGAUGGCUUGAUUGUAUGAAAGACAUCUGUCUUAAUCGAUAGAAAUCUGUUAGUGCUUUAAAUCAUUUUGAAUUUAUGUAUCAACUCGGUAAGUUUGUAUUUUCAGAAGUUACAUCAAGCUUGAUCGUCGAAUGCCAAUUUUUUACAGAGAACUGUAAUAUUUGAAAAGAAUAGAAGAAACUACUUUUUUCAUGAUUUUAAUUAGUUUUUCAUAUAUUGUCAAAGAUGUAGAUGUAAGUAAAAAUUAUACCAAUAGUUAUAUCGAUAACGACAGAAAUAUGCAUACCUUCAAUCCUUCAAGAUUGGUUCUAUACCACAAC